GCAUUUUCGAUAUUUCUAUGUUCAGAUAUAGACUAUCACUCAUUUAAGAAUAACAUAUUAAAUUAUCUAACAUGGGGGACAGCCCUUCAAAGCCACCUGAGUCUCGCCACAAAACUGAUGUGAGACCGCAGUCGUCAUCUCAAGCAAGUCACAUAAAGACAAAAGCAGAAUAUCAGGCGAAAGAAGUAACACCGGAAAUUGCUUUUUAUUUGCCGGAGUAUGCGAAAGAUACUCGACUGUUAAAAUGUGUAGUGUUAGGAGGUGGGAAUCGAGGACAAGAAUAUGCAACAUAUUCAGCAGAUUUUCCACAUUUGGUUAGAAUUGUUGCUAUAGCUGAUCCUAGGCCGCAUGUUCGAAAAUUGUUUGGAAGGAAAUAUGGUAUACCAGAUGACAUGCAAUUCAAGGAUUGGAGCGACAUAGUUGCGUUGGAUAAGAUUGCAGAUUUUGUUUGUAUCUGUACUCCAGACAGAUUACAUAGAGAUCCUGCUGUUGCGUUUGCAAGGAAGAAAUACCAUAUAUUAUUGGAAAAACCUAUGGCUACCACUAAGCAAGAUUGCAUCGCAAUUGUGAAAGAAUGUAAAGAAAAUAAAGUAAUGUUGACAGUAUGCCACGUUCUUCGAUAUUAUCCGCCCAACAAAAAGAUCAAAGAACUGAUAGACUCUGGUACUAUAGGAGAUGUUGUUAACAUACAACAUCUUGAACCGAUUGGAAAUUGGCAUUUUGCACAUUCUUAUGUUCGAGGAAAUUGGGGGAACACUGCUGGAAGUAGUUUCUCACUUCUUGCUAAGUCUUGUCAUGAUAUAGAUUUAAUUUCAUCCUGGAUGAGUCAGCAGAAAGGAAGUGGUGACAAAGCAUCUUGUGAAUGCACAGGAGUGUCAUCAUUUGGAUCUUUGAUUCAUUUUAAAAAAGAAAACAAGCCAGAAGGUGCUGGUGAUAGAUGUUUCGAAUGUUCAGUGGAGAAGUCAUGUCCAUAUUCUGUAUCGAAGAUAUAUCUUGACAGGGCAAAACAUGGAAACUGGGGUUGGCCUGUUUCUAUUGUAACUGAUGUAGAGGAUAUUGCAGUGUUAACUGAUCGACUCCAGAACGGUCCUUAUGGAAGAUGUGUUUAUGAAUGUGAUAAUGAUGUCUGUGAUAAUCAGGUUGUGAAUUUCCAAUUUAGUGGAGGACAAACAGCAUCUUUUACGAUGGUUGCAUACACUGAAAGUAUAUGCUCGAGAAAGACAAAAGUAUUUGGCACCAAGGGUGAAAUAUCAUAUGUUGGGGGAUCACACGUGAAGCAUUAUGAUUUCUUGACCCGAAAUACAAAGGAAUAUCAUUGUACUGCUGGAUUGGGUGAAAUGACAAGAAUGAGAGGACACAGCGGUGCUGAUUUCCAUCUUAUGGAUGCUUUUGUGAGAGCGGUUAUGUAUAAUGACCCAAGUUACAUCCGAAGUGGACCUGAUGAAACAUUGAAAAGUCAUAUGUUAGUAUUUGCUGCAGAAGAGUCAAGAUUAAAAGGGGAAACACUGAAAGUAUCAAGUGAUGGAAACUGGUCAUAGUCAGGCGAUUUACAAGACUUUCAUUGAGGAGACCAUAAUUUUCCUUAUAUAAAUUGUUUUAAGACAUUCAUAUAAAUCUAGCAUAAUCUUUCUCUGUAAUAACGAGUUUAUUUGUCAUUACUAUCAUCGACAUGUCAUAAUGCAUCGUUUCCAGUUACAUAACCUCACAAAUCACAAUCCAACGUCCAUUUAUGCUUCCUUGGGGACAAAAUUCAAUUUGA